CGAGUAGCUUGUGUUUAGUUGUUCGAAUUUUACAAUAACAAUGGAGUGUAUAGUAGCGAACGUGGAACACAUGCGAUUUGACAUUGAGGAAGCUCUCGAUGAGCAAUAUGGAGCUCUUCCAUUACCUUUUACCGGCAUGGACAAAUCAAUUGCUGCAGUAUGUCAGUUUUACCCGAGAGGCACUUGUAAUAAAGGAGCUUCGUGUCCAUUCAGACAUGUUCGUGGCGAUCGUACGAUAGUAUGUAAACAUUGGUUAAGAGGUCUUUGCAAAAAGGGUGAUCAAUGUGAAUUUCUACACGAGUAUGACAUGACAAAAAUGCCAGAAUGUUAUUUUUAUUCCAGAUUCAAUGCAUGUCACAAUAAGGAAUGUCCAUUCUUACACAUCGAUCCUGAGACUAAAGUGAGAGAUUGCCCAUGGUAUGAUCGGUUCUGCAGGCAUGGUCCAUUGUGUCGACAUCGACAUGUCAGACGCGUUUUGUGUAUGGCUUACUUGGCUGGUUUUUGUCCAGAGGGGUCAAAUUGCAAAUUCAUGCAUCCAAGAUUUGAAUUGCCAGCGGUACAAGAUAUGCAACCGAAGGAAGGCAAGAAGGUGAUGAUCACGUGUCACUUUUGUGGUGAAGGAGGUCAUAAAGCGAUCUACUGCAACAAAAUGCCUCCCGAUGUAAGAGAGGCUCAAGUUCGGCAAGAGCUCGACAACUCUCACACAUCGCAUCAUCACAUGAACAAUGGACCACCGCCGCCGCGAGGGCCGCAAAAGCCACUUGAAGAAGUAACGUGUUACAAGUGUGGACAAAAAGGUCAUUACGCUAAUAAAUGUCCAAAAGGUCAUUUAGCAUUUUUGAGUCAUGCAGGUAGCGGAGGUGGCGCACAAAAUCAGAAUUAUCGGAGAUGAUUUUCUUUGUUUUAUUUAUGUAACAUUGAUAUUGUGAUGCUACUUUAUCUCAUUAUUAUCUAUAAAAUUCCUAUAUCAUACAAUAAAAUAAUUUAUCAUGUCUAAUAUGCGUGUCAACUGCCGCUCUUAUGUCUCAACGAUAACUAAAAGCAUUUCUAUGCUUUUUGAAUAACAUAUAUAACAUCAACAUUUAAAAAGUAAUAUAAAAAAUGAGAAAGCCGUUUGCAUUCAAGCGGGUUCUUCGAUAUUAAGUUUCUUUUUGUUAAUAAACUGUAACAAAUUUGAAGUACUUAUUUCUAAAAAUGAUAUAUAUGCUUAAAUAAGUAAGUAGCUAGACUUGCAGUAACGCAAAUUCCAUUCGUACAUAAAUGCAUUGUAGUUACUGCUAUAUCAGCAUCUGAUACAGAAUAUGUUAUAAAAAGAUAUAUAUUUAUAUAAUUAAUGGAUUAAUUGGAUAAAACCUGUUGGGAAGACAUACAUAUUACCUGGUUAUGAUUAAACAUUUCAAUC